UGUGUAUAACUCGACUGAUGUGAUAACGUGACUGAACGGGAAACCGACGAGCAUCACACAACUAUCCGUAGAGUCCCUCAUCCACGCAGUAGCUGCUAAGGAAAUUGCUCAUUGUCAUUCGGCGUAAACAGCCUCCAACAUCAUGGGUUACGGGACUUUAGCGACCGAGGACGACGAUCAAUAUCGAGUGCCGCUGAUAGCGAAACUGCUUCACGCUCUACCGCACUAUAACAUUACCUUCCACCGGAUCAACAACACGUUUCGCCCAUCAAACGAAGUCUAUCUCGAGAGUCUUGGUAUUCUUGGCUCGAUACCAGCAGCUUUGCUGAUUGUAUCGCUGGUUGGACUGUUACUAUACCUGUUAACCCGUUGCUGCGAUCGCAAACCCCGCCCGGCGCAUUCGAUCACUAGUCUGAAGGUAACACUCUCGAUUGUGACGGUUCUGUGCUGUGCGGCGAUCGGGUUGGGUCUCUACGGAAAUGACGAUCUGCAUAACGGGUUGCUCGAAGUGCUGCAGGCUGGCCGCAAGGUAGAUGGCGUCGUGUCGUCCGUACGCAAUCAGACUUUCAUCCUCGAAAACACGCUCACAAUGAAGAUCCAGCAACAGCUAACUGAGCUCGAGGACAUCUUUGAGCAAAACACGAACAACCAGACGGCAGUCGCCCAGCUCCAGCAGGCUUUACUAACUGCGAAAGGCAACAUCACGAUAGCGAAAAACGCGGCCGAUGACAUUCGCCGUCCUCUGGUCGGGCUCACAAUUACAGACUUUCUUUCGAAAGGAAACCAGUGGGAGCUAAUACGCUGGCCGGGAACGGUUGCCAUUCUAGCGUUGCUGCUCGUGCUAUGCGCUGUGCUCUUGGUCGGUGUCGCUCGUCAUUCACGCUGCGCCCUAAUUCUGUUUAGCGUGUGUGGACUUUUGGCCGUCACUGCGUCCUGGCUAAUGUCAGGUCUAUAUCUCUCCGCGUCUGUCGCUGUCGGAGACCUGUGCAACGACCCAGCUGACUUUCUCGUACACCAGGCGCCGAACGAAUUUCCGUCAGACAUACUGCUCUACUACACCCAGUGCGAUAUAUCUCGUUCCAAUCCCUUCACGCAGCGACUUCGUGAAUCUCAGAACGCCAUCAACAACGCCCGCAAUGCGAUGAGCAUCGUAUCCAAGAUUUCACCGGUGUUGUUCAAAAAUGCAGGACUUUCUCCCAAACUCGGUUCGGUCAAUGCAGAUAUAAAGCUUUGUGAGAGGCUCUUGACUGGAUUGACUGCUCUCGUAGACUGUCGAGCCGUCCAUUACAGCUAUCUUGUCGCCACACGCGGUCUGUGCGAGUGUGGGCUACUUGGACUCGUUCUGAUGCUGCUCGCAAGCUUCAUGGCCGCAAUGCUGCUCACCAUUAUGGUGUGGGUUGAUUCACACACGUGGAUCUACAUACGUAAGAGGAAUGACUACGCACAAGUUGAGGAACAGUCGUACGUAUCCCAUCAGCUACAGCCACAUCAGACUCAUGACAGUAUCGACUCUCGUACUCAACUACCACAGCAUCCGAAGGGCCCACCGGCCAUUAGCGGUUCACAUACGAUUGUUCACCCUGGUCCCAAUGCAAAGCACGAACUGGCCCAAGUACAAGUACAGCAACAACAGCAACAGUCUCACGCACAUCAGGCCCAGGCACAUAUGCUGCAUCAUCACCAAGCAAUGAUGAGAGCUGGUGGUACACACACUCUGGGUCGCCUUCCAUCGCACAAUAGUCCAACUCAUUUGCAUGGUCCGAACAACGGCAAGUACGCUACACUUAGUAAGCACUGCAAAACGCUCGAUGCAAACGACUUUUACUGAAGCUACGCCGCCU